AUGAUACCAGUCUCGAUUCGAAGUAAAGUUGAAGCGAGCACGACGACUAUACACGAAAAAUACUCUUUCGAUCGUGUCGAGCAGGAGAAACGAAGCAAAUACCACCCGUAUGUAAUCGACUCGAGAACGAACAACCUUGUGCAGGAAACGUCGUUCGUACAACCCACACCGCAAGUGCCGUUCGUACAACCGCGACCACAAACUCCUUCUGUACAGCAGCAACCACAAGCACCAUUUGAUCAACGACAACUGCAGACUUCAUUCAACCAACGGCAACCGCAAACCUCCUUCGAACAGCCGCAAACACAAACUGUGUUCAGUCAGCGACAACCGCAAACGCCUUUCACACCUGAGCCAACUGCGUUCACCCAGGCA